GAGCUGAUAGCUACAGACAUUUCAGUUAUGAACUUCAGCCGUAUAAAUUUAGAAAGUCCAGUAAAUAUAUUCGCGGUAGCAAUAUUGGUCAAAGAUGUCCCCGAGAAAGCUGCAGUAUUUCGCAAACAUCGAAUAAACAAGUUUUAUACUCUCUAAUUCGCUUUUUAAUGUGAUUGUACUCAGUACACGUUGCCCAUUGGUUACUAUCAUUUGAUGAUGAAAACUGAUUCAUAUAAGGUUUUCUAAUCUUAACACUCCCCUCAAACAUUUUGGAUUUUCAAUUGACGCUCAUUCUGUAAUAUCAUAAAAUAAUUUCGCGUGUGUUUAAGAUUUCAAAUAUAAUUGCUUAUCGUUUGCAGUAAUUUCAUUGCUUGCCGUAAUUAUAGUGUAUUGGCAAUAUGGGUUCAUAUGUCGAAAUACCUGUAGGUUCAAGCUAGUCAACAUGGUAUGAAAAUGUUCAUUUAUUGGUUAAUGUGGCAAAAACUUGUAGCUUAUUCCGUUGUAGUUGCAUAUUAUCAAGCUCGUCUAACCGUGAUAGAACUUUAUCUAAAAGAAUGACAGAUAGCUGAGGUAAGGACUGCCUGACAGAUAUUUGGGCCCAAUACAAUUAGGAGAAGAUUGGUCAUAAUUAACGUUUGAUUGGGUUUGCCUAAAUCACGUGAAUCAAAAAGACUGUUUGCUUCUUGAACAGGGAUAUUAACAGCUCCCUCCCCCAUCAUGACCCAGCUGUGGUAGUCAGAAUUUGCUCUGAAUGAGAGGAAGAUGCAGUUGAAGAAGAAACAUAUUAUUACUGGAUGGACAUAAUGGAGUGGACACCAUUAAUGCACGCUGCUAGAAAUGGUGAAGUGGAAACAGUUCAGAAACUCUUGAAAUCUAAAGAAAAAAUUCAUUUAAAAAAUAUGAUGGGAGCUAAUUUACUUACGUUAUCUGCUGCAAGUGGCAAUAAGUCAGUUUUUAAAAUGAUACUUGGAGAAAUGAAGAACAUGUCAGCUGAAAAUACGGUGGAUCUGUCUUGUGGUUUGCGGGUUGCUGCACUGUUUGGCCACACAGAUAUUGUCCAGUUCAUACUGAAUGCUAAAUGCGACCCUAAUGCAAAAGAUCCUGUGUCUGGAGCCACAGCACUGAUGCUAGCAACAUCAUGUGGACACUAUUCUGUUGUGAGACUGAUUCUGGCAUAUGGUGCACUCGUUGACAGUACAAAUGUGUUCUGCCAGUCAGCUAUUGAUAUAGCUGAAUCAAAGCAGUAUAAUGAUCUUGUAGAACUCUUGAAAACGAAAGUAGCACAUGAUAGCAAAAAGUUUCGUCCCAACUUCUUGAUGCCUUUAGAAAUGCCAAAAAUGGAUUAUAGAGUCAAAGAAUUAGAUACAGUUUCAGGUGCCACAGAUAUCCUUUCAAAGACAGCUGCUUCUCCUACAGCUAACAGGUUCAAUUUUGCAACAGAGGAAUUGUUGUCUCCUCAGACUACAUAUAUGCCAGAAGUACCAGACACCAGUUAUUUGUCACCUAUAACUUCGCUGCAAGUGUGUGGCUGUGAAACUUAUAGUCCUGGUGACUCCAUCUUUCUUUCUGAAAAUCAAGCCUGCAAGAAAACAGAUGACAAAACGAAACAAAUUGUUUCUCAGCCUGGUAAGACAGUGGAAAUGGAGCGUUCGUCAAAUGAUGUGCGUUAUUAUCUCAGUCCACACAAUUAUCAUUUCUCAAAAAAGUUUGAGGUUCCAAAAAAGCAAGAAUUUUCAAGAAACAUUGAGAGAAGCAUUCAGCAAGAAAAGUUUUUUCAAGAUAAUUUUGAACUUUCUUAUAACAAAAUGUUUCAAUAUGACACGUGCAGUCAGCCCAGUUCCCCAUAUUCUCCUUCUCCAAAUUCUCUUUCACCAACAUCAAGAAAUGUAUUCUCACACAGUGACCCUUCUGUAAUUCAUGAACUGAAUGGUGGAACUGAGAGACAGAAACGUAAAAAGAAAGCCUUUUGGCAUGUUAUAAGGAGAAGGGUGCGCAGUCUUGCACAUGAUAAAAAUGGGUAUCAUUUUUACCAUCCUUACUGCGAUUCUGCUGUUUCUAAAAAAAACACAAUAUCAUCUCCUCGCAUUUGGAUAGACGAUAAUCUGAAAUUCAAGUCUACUGAGGCAAAUCCAGAGGGAGAAAAGGAGGAGUCUACUUGUAAAAUGGUAGUAUCUCCACUUUCUUCCAAUGUGGAAUCUGAAAAAAGCUAUAAAAAUACACCCAUAUCUGUUCAGAAAGAAAGGCCGGUUAAAAGCGAGUUUAAGGAGUUCCUUUGUGCAAAUGGGCUUCAUCAUUUUAUUGACAUACUUUUUGAACAUGAGCUUGAUUUGGAGACAUUCUUUGAACUAUGUGACAUGGACCUUAGAGAAAUUGGAAUAACCAGCAGAGAGGACCGCAGGAAGAUUCUGAACGUUAUUGCUUCCCAAAGCCAUUACUGUACUUGACUUCUGUGAAUAGAUUUGUGUAAAAUAUUUAUUGCAUAACUCUGGACAAGGCAUAGUCCUUUGUGUGUGUGUGUGUGUGUGUGUGUGUGUGUGUGUGUGUGUGUUUGUUUGUUUGUUUUACUUGUUAUGUUGUAUAUUUGAUUUAAUUUGUA